GGAAGAUGGCUGCCUGGGUACCUUGUCGGAAGUGGGGCUGGGCGGCUGUGUCCUUCGGCCGGCACCGAGGCCUGAUCGCGUCACUUGCUCGGAAGCCCCCAUGGGCAUGGUGGCUCUCAGCUUGCAGACAAAAGACAACACUCUCUUUCCUUAAACGACCAGAACUUCCAAGCCUGGCUUAUAAGAGGUUAAAGGGCAAAAACCCAGGAAUUAUCUUCAUCCCUGGUUAUCUUUCUAACAUGAAUGGUAAAAAGGCAGUAGCGAUUGAGGAGUUUUGCAAAUCUAUAGGUCACGCCUUUAUCAGGUUUGACUACUCUGGGGUUGGAAGCUCAGAUGGUAACUUAGCAGAGUGCUCAGUGGGGAAGUGGAGAAAGGAUGUUCUUUCCAUCCUUGAUGAUAUAGCCGAAGGACCACAGAUACUGGUUGGAUCCAGCCUUGGUGGAUGGCUCAUGCUGCAUGCUGCAAUUGCACGGCCAGAGAAGGUCAUAGCUCUUAUUGGGAUAGCUUCUGCUACAGAUGGAGUGGUGACACAGUUUCACUCACUUCCCGUUGAGAUGCAAAAGGAAAUAGAAAUGAAAGGUGAAUGGUCCUUGCCAUCAAAAUACAACAAAGAAGGCUAUUACAGCAUUCCUUACAGUUUCAUUAAAGAGGCGGCGCAUCACUGCUUGUUACACAGCCCCAUUCCUGUGACGUGCCCUGUACGGUUGCUCCACGGCAUGAAGGACGAAAUAGUUCCUUGGCACAGAUCCCUGCAGGUUGCCGACCGAGUAGUCAGCCCAGAUGUGGAUGUCAUCCUCCGGAAGCACAGUGAUCACAGGAUGAAGGAGACAGCAGAUAUCCAUCUGCUUAUCUGUACUAUUGAUGACUUGAUUGACAAGCUUUCAACUGUGACUCACUAGAACCGCACUUGUGCUUGGUGUGCACUCUAGUGCGUCCAGAAGAUUGAAAGGAUGGUAGUAAAUCAAAGACCCGGGUACUUCAGGGUUUCCCCUUCUAGUAUGUAAAUAUCCGAUACGUAUUUAUUUAAUGAUGUGUUUGCACAAGUACACAAAUUGGGAGAAAAAUAUUAGCUGCUGUUUGGAAAUUUUUGUCCUCCUUUGAUAUUUUUCCCAUUAAAAUAGUACCUAUUUUUUUUAUUAAAGAGAUGUUUACCUUUCUUAUGUACACUUUAGCUGUGCCAGCUCUCAAUUGUGUUCCUUUCUUCUACAAUAAAGCUUGAAUAGUU